UAGGCCUUUACAGACGGACGUUUAUGCCCGCGUUGAUGUUUGCACAUCCAAAAACGUGCAUACAAAAACAUAUGCUAGGUCAGCGUACAGACGCACGUACAAAAUCCGCAGUUUUGCUUAGUGGCUGAACGAUGUCCAAGGAAGUGGUUGACUUAGCGUUGGCAGCAGUGGCGUGCGCUAAUGUGCUCAAAAUCAAGAAUAAAAAAAAUAAAACUCGCCGCGUGUGGUGUAAAAAUUGGCUUCUGUAACGGCAAAGGUUUUCUCACAUUAACCUAUUGGCAGAAUUGACAAUAGAACCGGAUGAUUGGCGUAAUUAUCUUAGAAUGGACGAAGAUACUUAUUCGCUACUGUUGAAGAUGGUAACUCCAUUGAUACAACGUCAAAAUACAAUCAUGAGACCGGCAAUAAGUGUACACGAACGAUUAACUGCAACCCUAAGAUAUUUAGCGACUGGACGAAACUACCAAGAUUUGAAAUUUACCACUGCAAUAUCUGCACAAUCCUUAUGUACAAUAAUUCCGGAAACAUGUGAAGCUAUAUAUGAAGUGCUGCAUAAAGAAUACAUGAAGUUCCCUACAACAGAAGAGGAAUGGACAACUAUUGCUGAAGGCUUUGAGAAACUUUGGAAUUUUCCUAAUUGCGUGGGGGCGGUAGAUGGUAAGCACGUUCAAAUAAUACCGCCACCAGGUAGCGGAGCAUAUUAUUAUAAUUACAAGGGCUACAACAGUUUAGUUCUUAUGGCCAUAUGUAAUGCAAAUUACGAAUUCAUAAUGUGCGAUUUUGGUAUCAAUGGUCGAAUAUUCGAUGGAGGUGUUAUUGCACAUACUAAGUUUUAUAAGAAACUGAAAAACGGAACUUUGCAUCUACCAGACUCAGUAAAUCCACAGAAUAGUCAAAGACAACUGCCAUUCGUUUUCAUUGGUGAUGAAGCGUUUGCAUUACGUUCUGAUUUCCUAAAGCCCUAUAGGCAGAAAGAUCUUAAUCAUGACAAAAAAAUUUUUAAAUACCGAUUGGCACGGGCAUGAGGUAAAAUUGAAAAUACA